CUGUAGUGUUAACUUUGACACGUCGUGGAGUUCCUCUUUAUCCAGGGAGGCUGUUAUACAAAGCUGUGAUUUCCGUUCUGUUCAAGUGCUGGUCAGAGCUGCUGCUGUAUCUGAGUGCAGUUCUGCUUGGGGAGUCUGUGCUGCUGCUUCUGACACACCAGAGCACUGCUGUGCGGCUGGACAGAAUGGAGCGAGGGCUACUGGUUUCACUGGUUAUACUGGUCUUCUCUCCUAGCAGGGGGGUGUCUCUAACCAUUAUAAUUCAGGACCCGGGCUCUGUGACUGGCACAGAGGAGGGAGAGGUCACUGUACCCUGCACUGUGACAGGGGGUCCUGCAGGACCAGUGAGAUGGUACAGGGACACUGGCAGCGGCAGACAGUAUCUCUACUCUCCAUCCCCCCCUCCGCCCAAUGAGAGAAACGACCCCCGUGUGUCUCAAGUACAUCAAAACCACGCCACAGAUUCAUCCAUUCGAAUUGUGAACCUGAACCUGCGUGACUCAGGAACGUAUUACUGUGACAAAUACGGAGGGAUUGAUGUGACUCUCAUUGCUAGCGGCUCAGGGAGCAGGCUGAGUGUGCGAGCGAUCCCUCCACUCAUUAUAACUCAGGACCCGGGCUCUGUGACUGGCACAGAGGAGGGUGAGGUCACUGUACGCUGCACCCUGUCCAGACUGGGUGCUGCAGGACCAGUGAGAUGGUACAGGGACACUGGCAGAGGCAGAGAGUAUCUCUACUCUACAGACCCUCCUCCACCCAAUGAGAGAAACGACCCCCGUGUGUCCAGAGUAUAUCCAGACCACCCCACAGAUCUCUCCAUUCGAAUUGUGAGGCUGACUGUGAAUGACUCUGGAACGUAUUACUGUGAGAAAUACAGAGGUUUUGAUGAGACCCCCAUUGCUAGGGGCUCAGGGAGCAGGCUGAGUGUGCGAGCGCUGCCUCCACUCAUUAUAACUCAGGACCCAGACUCCGUGACUGGCACAGAGGAGGGUGAGGUCACUUUACCCUGCACCCUGUCCAGAGUGGGUCCUGCAGGACCAGUGAGAUGGUACAGGGACACUGGCAGUGGCAGACAGUAUCUCUACUCUACAGGAACCCCUCCGCCCAAUGAGAGAAACGACCCCCGUGUGUCCAGAGUAUAUCCAGACUACCCCACAGAUCUCUCCAUCCGAAUUGUGAACCUGACCCUGAGUGACUCAGGAACGUAUUACUGUGUGAAAUACGGAGGGUUUGUUGAGACCCUCAUUGCUAGCGGCUCAGGGACCAGGCUGAGUGUGCGAGGUGAAGAAGCUCCCUGCAGCUCCAAUCUGUUUCUCGUGUCGGUGUUUCUGCUGGUGAAGCUCGCUCUCCUGGCCGCCAUCAACGCCUUUCUCUUUGUGCUUCUCAAACUGGAGCAGCGCAGACUGAAGCGUGUGGAUGCAGAGUGAGGUGGGGGAGCCCUGCGCUGUGGAGAGGAUUCCCAGCAGAGCUGGCUGGGGCCUCUUGUUAUAUUAGACAUCUUAAAGCUCUGCUCUAAAUGCUGAGAAUGCUGAAGCAGACAGUGGACUUGACUGGAGAGUCUGCGAGUCAAUAGAGAUGCUCUGCACUGCUUGAUCUGCCUGCUGAUAAGGGGAGGAGAGGAAAGAGAGGAGGGGAGAGGGAGAGGAUAGGAGAAGGGGAGGAGAGGAAAGAGAGGACGGGAGGGAGAGAGGAGGAGAGGGGAGAGGAGGGGAGAGAGAGAAGGGAGGAGAGGAAAGAGAGGAGGGGAGAGAGGAGAGGAGAAGGGGA